AUGAAACGGCACAUCUUGUGUCUGCUGUGGGCUCCUUCUGUCUUUUUUCUGCAAGCCAGGUCAGUCCUGUGCAAGGAGAUGAAACUACCUGGCGGCGCACCCAGACCGCCCUCGCCAUCUGACUUCCUGGACAAACUGAUGGGUCGCACAUCUGGCUACGACGCUCGCAUCCGCCCCAACUUCAAAGGACCUCCUGUGAAUGUCACCUGUAACAUCUUCAUCAACAGCUUUGGCUCCAUUACCGAAACCACUAUGGACUACCGGCUCAACGUCUUUCUGCGCCAGCAGUGGAACGACCCUCGCCUGGCUUACAAAGAGUACCCGGAUGACUCGCUGGAUUUGGACCCGUCCAUGUUGGACUCCAUUUGGAAGCCCGAUUUAUUUUUCGCCAACGAAAAGGGAGCCAACUUCCACGACGUCACCACCGACAACACGCUGCUCAGAAUAUUCCAGAAUGGCAAUGUCCUCUACAGCAUCAGGUUGACAUUAACCCUCUCGUGCCCUAUGGAUCUGAAGAACUUCCCCAUGGACAGCCAGACGUGUAUCAUGCAACUGGAGAGCUUCGGUUACACCAUGAACGAUCUGAUCUUCGAAUGGUUGGACGUGGGUGCCGUGCAAGUUGCCGAUGACCUGGUGCUCCCACAAUUUGUGCUCAAAGAGGAACAAGGGCUGGGCUAUUGCACCAAGCAUUACAACACAGGUAAAUUCACCUGCAUUGAGGUCAAAUUCUACCUGGAGCGCCAGAUGGGCUACUACUUGAUCCAAAUGUACAUCCCCAGCCUGCUCACGGUCAUCCUUUCCUGGGUGUCCUUCUGGAUCAACAUGGACGCGGCUCCGGCCAGGGUCGGCCUGGGGAUCACCACCGUUCUCACCAUGACGACUCAGAGCUCCGGAUCCAGGGCGUCUCUGCCCAAGGUGUCCUAUGUCAAAGCCAUCGACAUCUGGAUGGCGGUGUGUCUUCUUUUUGUGUUUGCCGCACUCUUGGAGUACGCGGCCGUGAAUUUUGUUUCCCGGCAGCAUAAGGAGUUCUUCAGACUGAGGAAGAAGCUGAGAGAGCAAGAGCGGCAACGGACUCAGGGAAGUGGCGACAGUAAGACGAAAGGCAACAUGUCAGGCAAUGACGCGGCCCAUGGGAGUGUGGGGCAGCAGUGCAGCGCCUGUGCGAGGGAGGAGGAACUGGCACGCCAGGGUUUACUCUUCCAAACUUUCAGCCUCGGACUUGCCCCAGAAAUGGAUGCGACUCCAGUGUUUGCCGAUUUACCCCCUGGUUUAGGCUACUACGAUAUCAGGCGACGCUUUGUGGACCGAGCCAAAAAGAUUGACACUGUCUCUCGCGCUGUCUUCCCUAUGAGUUUUCUGAUGUUUAAUGUCCUCUACUGGCUUACCUACAAGGUCCUACGGCAUGAAGACGUCCAAUUUAAACUGUGA